GUGCUGUGACGCAGGAGAGAGAUUUAGCCCUGUGGGAGAGGAACAAGCUCCAAGGCAAACUGGAGAACCUAGAGCAGGUGCUCAAGCAUAUGCGAGAGGCUGCAGAGCGGAGGCAGCAGCUAGAGUUGGAGCAUGAGCAGGCCUUGGCUGUACUCAAUGCAAAGCAGCAGGAGAUUGAAGUUCUUCAGAAGGCUCAGGUUGAGGCAAAAAAGGAACAUGAAGGCGCUGUCCAUCUGUUAGAGGCCAAAGUUCGCGAGCUGGAGGAAAAAUGUCGCUCUCAGAGUGAGCAGUUCAACCUCCUCUCAAAAGAGCUGGAGAAGUUCCGGCUCCAGACUGGGAAGUUUGAUAUCCUCAGCGCUGACCCCUUAACUGUUUGUGAAUCUCCUGGGUCGCCCAACAAAACCCUCUCACAGCUCCUUAAUGGACUGGCUGCCCCCAUAGGAAAAGGCAAUGAGGCUCCAACAAGCAGAUCCUUGAUAUCUGAGUUCAUUCGUCCACUCCAGAUCAGUGGAGACAAGCCAGAGCUCCUUUCUGUCAAGCCAACAUUCCUCACUCGCGGUCGAGUCAGCAGCCCAGCACGGGCUUUCCUCCCUGAGAUGGACAAAGAGCUCAGCUCAACCACCAGGUCCAAACCGAGAUUCACAGGGAAGGUUCGUCUUUGUAUUGCUCGCUACAGUUACAAUCCUUAUGACGGGCCUAAUGAGAAUCCUGAGGCAGAGCUCCCACUGGUGGCAGGGAAGUAUCUCUACGUUUACGGGACAAUGGAUGAAGAUGGCUUUUAUGAAGGAGAGCUGCUGGAUGGACAACGGGGACUCGUCCCGUCCAAUUUUGUGGAAUCUGUCCAAGAUGAGGAGACACCCUCUGUCCAGCACAGGGAGACAGUAGCUAAAGAACCUGGCUACCUCAACCACAGUAGCCUGGGCCUGCUGUCUGACAGUAAACUAGACUGUAUAAGCACCAGCAGCUUGGGCAUGGACUUCCUGGGCUCCACAAGCAACGGGACAGGAACCUUGGAUGUCAGCACUGACGAGGUCGGUGAAGACAUUGUGCCUUAUCCCCGCCGCAUCAACCUGAUUAAACAACUGGCCAAGAGUGUGAUCAUUGGCUGGGAUCCUCCUGUGGUCCCACCGGGCUGGGGCUCCAUCAGUGGCUACAAUGUCUUGGUGGAUAAGGAGUUGCGCAUGAGUGUCCCCUACGGGGGCAGGACAAAGACUCUUCUUGAAAAGCUCAAUCUUGCCACAAACACCUAUCGUAUCUCAGUGCAGAGCAUCACUGACCGGGGCCUGUCGGACGACCUCCGGUGCACUCUGCUCGUGGGAAAGGAUGUGGUGGUGGCACCUUACUACCUGCGGGUGGACAGCAUCACGCAGCUCUCUGCUGAGCUCUCUUGGAUGCCCAGCAACAGCAACUACAGUCACACCAUAUUCCUCAAUGGUGCCGAGUACGAUAUGGUCAAGGCAGGGGGCUAUAAGUACAAGUUCUUCAACCUGAAGCCCAUGACCAUUUACAAGGUGAAGGUUGUGGCACAGCCACAUCAGGUGCCUUGGCAGCUUCCGAUGGAUCAAAGGGAUAAGAGGGAAAUCUCUGUGGAGUUCUGCACUCAGCCUGCAGGGCCCCCUCUCCCUCCCCAGGAGGUGCAGGUCCAGUGUGGUCAGACGCAGGGGGUCCUGCAAGUCAGAUGGAAGCCGCCACCUCUGACGUCUUCGGGAACUUCAAACGGGGCCAGUGUGAUUGGCUAUGCCGUUUGCACAAAGGGACAAAAGAUAGCAGAGGUCUUAUACCCCACAGCAGACUAUGUGACCGUGGAGUUAAACAGGAUUCAGGGUCUGGAGGCCAGGGAAAUCAUUGUAAGGACGUUAUCAACACAAGGAGAGUCCCAAGACUCGCCCGUGGCCAUCAUCCCGAACAAUCUAUUGGGCUCUCCACGCCCUCAUCCUCAGCCUCAUUUCCAGAGCCACCCCAUGCCCAAGUCCGAACCCUUAGUAAGUGCCAGAGAGCCAGAAACCAAAGAGCAUGAGGUGGGACUUCGGACAGCCCAGCUCUGGGAGCGAUCCCCCUCUCCGCUUCCUCCCAUGCGUGGACCCAACUUGGAGCCGCCGCACUUCCAGCCACGGCGAUCGCCCUCUCCUCAGAGGAUCCUACCCCAGCCUCAGGGAGCCCCCAUCCCCAACACCAUCGCCAAGGCCAUGGCCAGGGAAGCUGCCCAGAGAGUGUUUGCCGAGGGCAACCGGGUUGAGAAAAGGAAUAUCUUCAGUGAGGGAGGUAACACCUUGCAUCCACUCAACUCUGACGAGGAGGAGGAUGGCUACGACUCUCCUCAUGCGAGGAGGAGAGGAGCCUCGGUGGAUGAAUUCCUGAGAGGCUCAGAGUUGGGCAGACAGCACCACCAUCAUCACUACAGCCACAGUGAGGAGUACCAAACAGAGAGCAGCCGUGGUUCGGACCUGUCCGACAUAAUGGAGGAGGAUGAAGAAGAUCUUUACUCUGAGAUGCAACUGGAAGAGGGCCGUAGACGCAGCAUCAACUCUCACAACACUCUUAAGAUCAUUGGGAACUCACAAUCUUAUGGAAAUGCUGAUCGUCUGGACCACUCGGGGAGGAGGCCGGUUCACAUCGGCAACCCCCCUCAGCAACGGCCAAUCCCAUCCAUUGACGGCUUUGGCGGUCGCAGGCGGGGACGGCGCUCCCCGGAUUACUAUGAGGAGUCAGAGCCGGAGGAGAUGACCCGUGUGUUCGUGGCUCUGUUUGACUAUGACCCCAUGUCCAUGUCUCCAAACCCUGAUGCUGCUGAUGAGGAGCUGCCAUUCAAGGAGGGCCAGAUCAUCAAGGUCUUUGGGAAUAAAGACACAGAUGGCUUCUACAGGGCAAAGGUCCGUGAUCGAGUAGGUCUGAUCCCCUGUAACAUGGUGUCUGAGAUCCAAACAGAGGAUGACGACAUGAUGGACCAGCUCCUAAAACAGGGCUUCCUGCCACUCAACACUCCUGUGGAGAAGUUAGAGCGGAACAGGCGGAGCGGUCGUCAACAUCCAAUGUCAACACGGAGAAUGGUGGCUCUGUACGACUACGACCCCCGAGAGAGCUCCCCUAACGUUGAUGUAGAGGCUGAACUGACUUUCUGUGCCGGUGAUGUCAUCACAGUUUUUGGUGAAAUAGAUGAAGAUGGUUUUUAUUAUGGCGAGCUCAAUGGACACAAGGGACUUGUUCCUUCCAACUUUCUAGAAGAAGUGCCUGAUGAUGUAGAGGUUUUUCUCACUGACUCACCAUCUCGAUACCCCCAGGACACUCCUGCACGGAUAAAGACCAAAAGGAAGAAGAGUGUUCAUUUCACACCUUAA